UUCAUGAAUUUGUCAUUACCCAGCUCAUUUUAGUUUCUUUAAGUGUACUGCACACAACCUUCAAAUAUUAUGAACAUUUCUCUCUCCCAGCUGUCACUACACCAAACUACAUAUGUUAUAUUUCCCUAAAUCAUCUUGCUGUGCUCUUUGCAGCUCUUCUGUAGACUGUUGAUGUCUUCACCUAACGAGUUGCUCAAAAGUUCCCAUAAUUAUUUAGGUGAGGCCUCAGAGUGAAAGCCUUUCACCACUAUCCAGUUCCUCCCCGAAAUGGGCAUUCAUCUGCAUAUAACAAGGACGGCUAUGUUUGGGGGAAAAUGACAGAUUUGGAAGUACAAUGGCAGUUAUUUGCUGGCUCUUGAAACAAUCCACCUGUUGGGGGGGGCGUCCUACACAAAAUGCCAGCUGCUAUUGUGGGAAUGUUUUGCUAUUUAUUCCAACAAAAUGAUUCAGACAGAAAAAACAAAAAGGAUCGCCCUGUACUAGGUCUUGAACCCAAAGAACUGUUUGCACAGAGAUUCAUCCAAGAUACAUCACAGCCUCCACCUCGGCAGCUGCUCUCUCAAAUGUUUCCUGACUCUCCCCAAGUCAGUCUCCACGUGAGGGGAGGAGGAGGACGCUGCCAGCGAUGGCGCUGCUGGCACGAAGGCUGGCCUGCGACUUCUAUUUAAAAGCUGAACCAAAAUACACUUGGCGUCUGUGGUCUAUUUAAAACUUCAAGUUAAGACAGAGAAAAAAUUACUCUCCAUCCUGAAUGGGCCUUGGGUGUCUCAAUCACAGACAAGAGUGGCAAAUGGUGAGAGUCAGAAAGUGGGAAAUUAGGAACGCUGAGGGAGCACGGCCAAACUCUGAAGCCAGCAUGAAAACCUGGAGGUGAAAAGAGAAGCCAUGGGCAGCGGGGGAGGGGGGAAACGGGCCUGGAUUCGACCUUCUAACCCAAGGCUCCAUCUGCGACCCUCGCGACCAAGACCUAUCGCCAAAUUCAGCCACCUCUGCUCAUCGCCCCUCCCCCGACUCAAGGCUUCCUCCUCAGAAUCCUCGCCUCAGGGUCUUCUCCCGGACUUUAGCGAGGUGCUCAGUUCGAGGGACGCCCCAGCCCAACGGUCUCCCUUCAAGGCCCCGCUCCUCAGCGCGCUCCCUCCACAGCGCCCCUCCCUCUGUUACCCAGCUCGCCACCAGCUGGAGGCUCCCCUUCUUUUCCCGCCCCUCAGCCUUCGCCCCGCCCCCGCGCCCUGCGCCCCCUCCAGGCCACGCCCUCUGGUCCCCCAACUGUGAGCCCGCUCGUCCGCCCCCUUCGGUCUUCGCCCUGCCCCCAUUGCUCCCCGCCCCGCGUCGCCCACUGUGGGCCUGUUCGCUCGCCGCCCUUUCACCCUCACCCUAGGCCCCGCCCCGGCCCCUUGGUCCUCGCCUCGCCCUCCUCGUUUGGCGCCAAACCCUGUGGUCAACUGCGCGCGGGUCUCCAGGCUCCGCGUUCUGGGCCCGAGUUAGAAUCCUGUCAGCUGAGGACUGGAAAGGUCGGGCGGGGACGGAGGGGCUUCACCUUGAAAAUCUCGGGGAGACUGUGGGCACGAGGAGGAAGUGAUUAUUUUUCUGUUGCUCACUUUUCAAUAUGAAGGAGGAUCAAGUUGUGGUGGAAGAACCAGGAUUCCAAGAUGAAGAGGAAUCUUUGUUUCAAGAUAUUGACCUGUUACAGAAACAUGGAAUUAACGUGGCUGACAUUAAGAAACUGAAAUCAGUAGGAAUCUGUACCAUCAAAGGUAUACAGAUGACAACAAGAAGAGCUCUAUGCAAUGUCAAAGGACUCUCAGAAGCCAAAGUAGACAAGAUUAAAGAGGCAGCGAACAAACUAAUUGAACCAGGAUUCUUGACUGCAUUUGAGUAUAGUGAAAAGAGAAAAAUGGUUUUCCAUAUCACCACCGGGAGCCAGGAAUUUGAUAAGUUGCUAGGAGGUGGAAUUGAAAGUAUGGCAAUUACAGAAGCUUUUGGAGAAUUUCGUACUGGAAAAACCCAGCUCUCUCAUACCCUCUGUGUGACAGCUCAACUUCCAGGAGCUGGUGGCUACCCAGGAGGAAAGAUUAUCUUCAUUGAUACAGAAAAUACUUUCCGUCCAGAUCGCCUUAGGGACAUUGCUGAUCGCUUCAAUGUAGACCAUGAUGCAGUACUGGACAACGUACUUUAUGCACGUGCAUAUACUAGUGAACAUCAGAUGGAGCUACUUGAUUAUGUAGCAGCAAAGUUCCAUGAAGAAGCUGGCAUCUUCAAGCUAUUGAUUAUUGAUUCAAUAAUGGCACUUUUUCGAGUGGAUUUCAGUGGCCGUGGGGAGUUGGCCGAACGGCAGCAAAAAUUGGCCCAGAUGUUGUCACGACUCCAAAAAAUCUCAGAAGAAUAUAACGUGGCUGUUUUUGUGACCAAUCAAAUGACUGCCGAUCCAGGAGCAGCUAUGACCUUUCAGGCAGAUCCCAAAAAACCCAUUGGGGGACACAUUCUGGCUCAUGCUUCAACAACAAGAAUAAGCUUGCGAAAGGGAAGAGGAGAGCUCAGAAUUGCCAAGAUUUAUGACAGUCCUGAGAUGCCUGAAAAUGAAGCCACCUUCGCAAUAACUGCUGGAGGAAUUGGGGAUGCCAAGGAGUAGGUGGUGAAUUGAUGCAGAUUGCUUCUUAGUGCUUAUUAGGAGCUGAAGAAAUGGAAAAGCAGUCUCCAAUUUCACAUCUUGAAAUAGAGGUUUUUUCCCACAUGUUACUAAAGUCAGCAAAAGAGAUUUAAAUCUUAUAUUUAUCUUAAAAGUCCCUGAUUUGUGAUAACUAUACAUUGUAUGUAAAUUUAGGGAUAUGUAUAUGUAUGUUUGUGUGUGUGUGUGUGUGUGUGUGUAUACCUGACAUAUAUAGUAGAUAUAUAUACCUAUUGAAAUUCUCUCACUCUGUGUCUGUAUAUAUACCUAUGGAAAAUUGUUGCGAAAGGGGUAUGUGAUUCCCUCCCUUUCACUUUUCAAAGUGAGCCACUAAGCAGAUAGAAAGUCUAAGAGUUCAGAAAUGUCCCAUUCUCCUGAGGACUUUCCCUUCACCAUUUUUCUAGGGUACAGUGCCACUGACUGACAGAGCUGGAUGUUUUUCCACAAGAGGAUUUAAGGGAGGAAGGUUUAUAGGACACACACAAAAAAGCUCUUUCUAUUUAUAAUAUCAAACUGCAUAUUCACCUUUAUAGCAACAGAAAACAGACAUUAAAUUAAGCCAAAUUUUAAAUCAUUUGACUUUGACAAGCAGAAAUUACUUUUAAAAAAUGUAUUUAUGGCUGGGCGUGGUGGCUUACACCUGUAAUCCCAGCACUUUGGGAGGCUGAGGCAGGUGGAUCACUUGAGGUCAGGCGUUCAAGACCAGCCUGGCCAAAAUGGAGAAACCCUGUCUCUACUAAAAAUACAAAAAUUAGCCAAGUGCAGUGGCAUGUGCCUGUAAUCCCAGCUACUCUGGAGGCUGAGGCAGGAGAAUUGCUUGAACCCAGGAGGCAGAGAUUGCGGUGAGCCAAGUUGGCACCACUGCACUCCAGCCUAGGUGACAGAGUGAGACUCCGUCUCAAAAAAAAAAAAAAAAAAAUUUUUUAAAUGUUAAAAUUAAUUUAAAUGUAAAAUUUCUGAAUACUAAUCUUAGAAAUGUGUAAAAGAUAUUAUUUUGAUUGUUAAACAAAAAUAAAAUCCUGUUUUCAAAAUGCAUGUAUGGUGAAAAUAUGUAAAAAUAAAUAUACUAAUGACAACAUACAA